CAAGCAAUUUGAAAUUUGUGUUUUACUUUUAGAAAUAGUGCUCUUCUUGGCAUUACCGACAACACGUGCAAAAGUAAUAAGCGAUAAGAAUGGUGGUCAAAAUGCAUGAGUUUCCUAUGGCAAGACUUUUGGUAGUAUUUAUGACUGCUGGAAUGACAAUUACUGAAGCACAGAAUGCAACUCCAACCUCAACAAGCAAAAUUCCUGCAACAAAUGCAACUCCAACAACUGAAGAUUUAGCAUCUCCUACAACUGAAAAUGCAACUCCAACUUCAGUAAGCAAAAUUCCUGCAACAACUCCAAUUUCAAUAACUGAAGUUUCAACAUCUCCUAGAAUUGAAAAUGCAACUCCAACUUCAACAAGCACUAUUCGUGCAACAACAACACCUCCAAUUGCAAUAACCGAAAUUUCAACAUCUCCUAGAACUGAAAAUACAGAUAAAAUUCCAGUUACAACUAUUUCUCCUGCGACAAGUGUCGAAGAAUUUACAUUUUCCCAAACACCCUCAACCUUAGCACCCGCAAAAGGAGUCAAUGCGGAAAAUUGCAUCUGGAAACCUUUGAGAACCAAUUACCAAUAUUUAAGAGUUAUCACUAACGCCACCUGGUUCGAUUGGUACUUAAAUAACUGCUUCCCGAUGCACAUUGGAGAGAUUCUAUUUUUCCAACCAACUUCGGAUAAUCAAUGGACUCAAGAAGCAAUCCCCCUAUCGGCACCAGAGACAGAGCAGGGCUGCUAUUUUCUCAAAUAUUACAACAAUGGCGCUUACAUAAAAGUGAUUACGAAUACGACUUGGUUUUGGUGGUACAUUAAUAAUUGUUUCCCCAAGUAUCAGGGAGUCUACUUGCCUUUCCAAGACUCUCCGACAACCGAAACAACAACAGAGGUGCAGGCCACCACACCCGACAGUUGCAUUUUAGAAGAGUACUUUCCCGAUGGUAAUUAUGUUAAAGUGAUAACGAACACCACAUGGUUCGAUUGGUAUAUGAGUCAAUGCUAUCCAAAAUACAUUGGCAACAUUCUUCCGAUGAUUCCACUCAUUGAUUAUACCUUGUCUCCUUCAAUGUCAACAAAAUAUUCACCGCCAGUUGUGGAAACAACAACAGUGGUCAACACAAAACAGCAAUUUAAUUUCUGCUUCAUACUUAAUAAGUACAUUAGAAAACAAUCGUUCACGUCUGUAGCAGGUUCUUCUUGGUACCCAUGGUACUUAUAUAAUUGUCCAGAAACUGAUUAUAAGUGCUGCUAGCUGUUGAUAAUAUCCAGACUCAUGAAAGAAAUUAUAAGUGGAAAUAAAUACAAGUUUUCUUUUCCAUGUAUUCGUAUCAGUGCAUUUGAUUAAGAAAACAUUGUCCCGAAUACGGCCGUUACAGCAUUUUCUUUUCCAACAAAAUAUUGCAUCGUUUUUAUUCCUAAAAAGUUUUCUUUUUUCAAUGUUAUUUUUUUCCGUAAAGCUUAAGAUCCUACUGUAAAGCCCCAGUUAUAAUCAGAUAUUCCAUUCUAUUAAAAACAAUUGUAGCGUCUUAAAGUCAUUUAAAAUCAUAUGAGGGGUCUGCGGUCUAAACCGAUCUAAACAUAUAACUCAAAAUUUAAUGCUAUGCAACAAUAGAAAGCUAUUCAUAUGUUACCUAGAACGGGUCCAUCGGUCUGAAACUGUUAUCUGCAGUGAUUUACCGCUAGUUUUCUAUUAUUUUGCCCGCGCCCGCAUGAUUCUGCGUUUUAUUGUCAAUCUGAUGACAACUUUUAUAUGUCAAAAUAUUUGGAAUUGUAAGUCGAACAGAGAUGUGGUUGCAAAAGUUUAAAAUAACUUAUUUCAAAUAUUUUCGGAGUGUUAGUAAUCGAGACCCGUCCCGCACCUUCGUCUUCACAGCAAUCUGUAGCUACAACAAAAUUUCGUCACACAUAUUGACUUAACUGCACACACGCUUACAUGUGUCUCACUGGCCUAUUCUACAAGUAAACUAUUCUACAAGUAAAACGCGAUUUUCGUAAAUGCAUUUUAAAAAACUCAAAGGGAUUUCGCCGUCUUGCUUGCGGGACAUUUACUGCAUCUAAAAAAUGUUCCAGAAAAUACUCACAAAUCUAGUUCGAAAAAAUUGUCAGUUAACAGGUUUAGACUGCGGACCCGUCAUAUAAAUGUGAAAUUCUAAGGGAACAGGGCCUAAUUCCCCGAUAUGGAAUUACAUUUAUGGACAUAUUACUGGAUAAAUUCCCGACAUUUCGCACUGUUGCAUUUAACACUUUUUCGAAAACUUUUUUCGACAAAAACUUAUUUAAAUUUGAAGAGUGUAUUGUAGUAUGAUUUUCCAUUGAAAACCCAAAAUCGAUGUUUUUUAUUUUUGUUCACAAAAUCGCUAAUAUCUCCUUAGAAACUCGAUUGGCAAACUGGAGCGCUUUCUUUCGAAACAUCACAAAUGUUUUUGUAAAUUGGAGCUUAUUUUUUAGCAUCCUAAAGUUGAGAUAUGACUUUUUUUGUAACGCACUCCCAAAAUUUUCAAAUUUCCACGUAUUUUCUAUGUAUGCUUGAGCACUUCGGCUAGAAUUAUUAUCCAGGACUGCAGGAAUCAUAAACUCACUUCAUUAUGAUUUGUCGCUGGAGAAACUGAUUGCGAGUAGUGAAUAAUGAUUGGAUAAGCUCGGAAUAAUAAGUUACCAUAAAUAACUUAAAUUUUCAUAAAUUACUGAUAAUUGAUCGACAAUUUGGACAUUUUUUGUUACCUCAUAUUUAUGGUCAUUUAGAACUUUUCCAUAAAUUUAAUGAAAUUUAGCAAUUUUCCAUAAAUGUGCGCAACUGUUGUAAAUAUAGUUAUUUUCCGUAAAUUUUUGUAAUUUACCCUAGCAAUUUUCCAUAAAUUUUCAGGAAUUUUCAGAUGUUUUGCAAAAAUUUCGGAUAACUUAAAUAUCUGGACAUUUUUGGUAAUUCACAAAUUCAACGAAAAUUUCUGGAAAUUUUUCGGUAACUUUUGAUAAUUUUAUCAUAAAUUUCCGAAAAAUUUAUUGUCUUUCAAAUCGAAAAUUUUCUGCACUUGUUACAAAAAAUAUGGAAUCCAAAAAAUAUUGAUUGUGUCAAGCAUAGUCAAUGAAGCUCUCCCAGACUACAAAAAACAAAGCAUCUGUAGCCAAGUCUGUAAAGCACUGAUAGACUGCAUCAACAAAAGAGAUAGAAAUUUUAUGCGAAUAAAAAAUAAAAAAAUUCUUUUUUAAA